AUGGCCUCAAGAAUUGCUCUUCUGUCAUUUUUCGCGGCCGUUUAUGGUCAACAGAAAGGCACUUAUCAAACAGAAACUCAUUUUACUCUUACUUGGCAAUCCUGUACCGCUAAAGGAUCGUGCACCACAAACUCUGGAGGCGUCGUUCUCGAUGGAAACUGGCGAUGGACACACGGAAUAGGCACUUCGACAAACUGCUACACAGGAAAUACCUGGGAUGCGACCUUAUGUCCAAAUGACGCUACCUGCGCGACAAACUGUGCACUAGAUGGUGCAGACUAUUCUGGAACCUACGGUAUAACAUCUAGUGGUAGCUCCUUGAGACUCUACUUCGUUACUCAAUCGGCACAAAAGAAUGUUGGAUCUCGUGUGUACCUCCUGGCCGAUAAUACCCACUAUAAGACAUUCAACCUUUUGAACCAAGAAUUUACAUUUGAUGUUGAUGUCUCUCAUCUACCUUGCGGAUUGAACGGUGCUGUUUACUUCGCUAAUCUACCUGCUGAUGGUGGUAUCUCUUCAACCAACACAGCUGGUGCCAAAUAUGAUACUGGGUCAGCAAGCAAUAACGCCAAUACGGGAGUCGCAAACUCGAUUUCCACUGCUGUCACUCCUCACUCUUGCGAUACCGUGACACAAACUACCUGCACCGGCGAUGCUUGCGGUGGCACGUACUCCGCAUCGAGAUAUGCCGGUACUUGCGAUCCAAAUGGAUGUGAUUUCAACUCGUACCGCAUGGGUAACAAGACCUUCUAUGGUCCAGGAUUGACUGUCAAUACCAAUGCCGUAUUCACCGUCGUUACUCGGUUCCUCACCAGCACCAGCACCUUCAACCAAAUAAAACGUUUCUACGUCCAAAACGGCAAAGUAAUCCCCAACUCCUACUCCAGCAUCUCCGGCGUCACCGGAAACUCCAUCACGACCCCCUUCUGCACAGCGCAAAAACCCGCUUUUGGCGACAACACCUCAUUUUUCAAGCACGGAGGACUGGCCUCUAUGUCUGCUGCUUUUAAAUCUGGAAUGGUGCUUGUGCUGUCCAUUUGGGAUGAUUAUUAUGCUAAUAUGCUUUGGUUGGAUUCGACGUAUCCGGUUGGGAGUACGGCGGUGGGAGGACCAAGUGGGAGUUGUGGGACGAGGUCUGGGGUGCCGGCGGAUGUGGAGGGGAGUGCUGCGGGCGCUUAUGUGGUUUAUAGUAAUAUUAAGGUGGGGGCUAUUAAUGCUACUUAUGGGUGA